AUGUUUUUUCUUAAAAUAAAAAAAAAACAUGAACUUUCAAAAACCACCAGCAAUUAUUCUUCAUUAGUUUCUUUAAUACGAAACCAACCAUAUCCAACAUAUCCGCAAUAUGAUACAUUCACAUCAAGAUUAAAAACAUAUAAUAUAUUUCCGUCAACUAUACCUCAAAACAAAUAUGUAUGGUCUGAAUGCGGCUUUAUAUAUACAGGGGUUCAAGAUAUUGUGGAAUGCUUCUCUUGCGGACUUGUAUUACAUGACUGGAAGAAAGAUGACAUUCCAUGGAUCGAACACUCGAGACAUAAUUCCAAAUGUAUUUAUGUAUUAUUAUCGAAAGGUAACCACUUUGUAGAAAACAUAAUAACCAAAUAUGGAAGAACUUAA